AUGGCUCGAUUGAUUGGGACCGAUAGACACAUAUCUGAUGCGGUUAAUAACGCGGACUCGUUCCAAUUAUUAAGGGGCCGUGUGAGUGUUUUAAAGAAAGCUCCGGAUGCACGAUUGAUGCCGUACUUGGAGCUAGCCGGAUUUGGGUCAGUAGCAUUGAUUCGGUCCUCCGACUUGCGCUUUGAUUUAUUAUCUGCGCUAGUGGAGCGGUGGCGCCCGGAGACCUUUUCGUGCGAGGAGUGCACAGUGACCUUGGAGGAUGUUGCAUUGCAGCUUGGGCUCCCAAUUGACGGGAGUCCCGUAACGGGAGUAUCUUCAUUUACCGAUCCGGCUGCACUUUGUUAUCAGCUCCUAGGAGACUCGCCAGAGGAGGGUGAGUCAUAUUUUUUUGGCAUAAAAUUUACAUGGCUGAAAGCCAAAAUUGGACAAUUAUCAACGACUGCCACUGAAGGUGAGUUGAUGUGCGCUGCUCGAGCGUACAUCAUGCAUAUCGUAGGGGGACUACUCAUGCCUGAUGCAAACGGCGACAAUGUGCAUUUGAUGUACUUGCCAUUGUUAGCUGAUUUGUCCACUGCUAGCUCGUAUAGCUGGGGCUCUGCCGUUCUAGUAAUGUUGUAUCGGGAGCUUUGUCGGGCGACAAACCCUGAUGUUGUAGACAUGGGUGGAUGCCUCAUACUGCUGCAGUCUUGGGUGCUCUAUCGGCUGCCGUUUUUGGCAUCCGUUAGUCACCAACCGUGGAGUGUUCGUCCAGGUAUCGAAAAGUCGUAUACUGUCCCGAUAUAUCGUAUCACGAUUGAACAGCAUGCCCGGGAAGAGUUUAUAUGGAUGCCAUACCGUAAGCCAGAAAUUGCAAAUGUUGUACCCUCGUCUGCAUACGUUGAUUCCCACAUAUGGUGCACUAGCGCAUCAAUUAUCAAUUUCAACGUAGUCGAGUGGUAUCACGGAGAUCGGGUGCUACGAUAG